UUGAAAAUACCUGCGACAAGUCUGUUCAUGUUUGAUGUCAAAUCAAGCAACACGUUCAAAAUUACGAAAUAUUUUUGAAAAUAUUUUUAAUAACUGUUUUGGUUAUAAUUAAAUUUAGUCAAUUUUCGGUUCUAAAAGUGAAACUGAAAAUAUUACGUUUCGUUUUCCCUGUUCGCAAUGACAAACAUUUGCUUGGAUGUUUACGAAAUAAGAAUGAAGUGCGAGGACGGUAAACCAACUGUAUUUUGUUAAAAGAUAAGAGACAAGCAUUCUGAAAAUGGAAAAAGAUGCAGACAUCUUAAGCAAAUAUAGAUUAGUUACAAAUAAACUGAAAAAACGUUUUCUGAAAAAGCCAAAUGUAGCUGAAGGAAGUGAACAGUUCGCUGCUUUGGCAAAGAAUCUGCGUCGGCAAGAAUGUCCUCAAUAUUCUGGUUUUUGCUGUUUAGCGCAAGCCAGGUGUGAACACACUUUGGCAAAUGCUGCAGGAGAAGCUCAGGCUUUGACAGAGGCUGCGAGAUCAUUCCUCGAAGCAGAAAUGGCAAACAGAGAUUUAAAAUGCCCAAGUUUUGAGGAGCAUCUUUCUGCUGCCAUCAACUGUUACAGCCAUGCUAUCAGAGUUCAUAUUGAGAACAAACAACCUGCACUUGGUGCUGCCCUUUGUAUGGAACUCGGUGAUGUUUUAAUGUCAUUGAAUAAAGCCAGUGAAUCUAUGGGUCACUAUCAGAGAGCUGCAGAACUUCAGUCACAGGGUUCUGGUUUCACAGUUUUGAACCCUCUGGAUUGUUUGGAAGCUUUGGGUAAUGUAGCAUCUUGUAAGAUAUCAACAAAAGAUUACGAUGGUGCCCUUGCUGUUUUAACAGAAAUGAGUUACCUGGCACAAGAAAGAGGAGGAUCUGCUUUUAGUGAAAAACCAAUUGGUGCUUACAGUGAUAUUUUGGCACGUUGUGAACUAACCAGAGUCCUCCUACUUAUGUUGCUUCAGCCGACACCUCAGAGGAUCCGACCAGAACAUGCACAGACGUUGGAGAAAUAUGCUUGGGGUAGUACUGAAGAUUCCUAUGUCAUUAAUUUCCUUGAUGAAGAUCUGUUUUUACUGCUACAGUCCGUUGUUAUGGCGUGCCAGUCUCGAGAUUUGGACUCUUUGAGGUCUCUGCAAGUGGAACUAUGGCCGAUGUUGUCAUCAGAACAAAAUCAACUUCUGCAUCUCAUCAUUGAAGAAUUGAAUCAAUUGAAUUUUAGUCUUUAGUGGUGGUGGUCAGUCCGGUUGUUGAUGGUCUCAGCAACUGGUCUCCUCUGUAAAUUCGUUCAUUGUGUAUUGUGGUGUUGGGUGGAGAUUGAGAGAUGGGGAUGGGGGGACAGGAGGGAAGGGGCACGGGUUACCUGUUGCAGUCUGCAAAUGGUGACAGACACAGCAUUAACAACAACAACAGUAAUAACAGUGGUAGAAACAAGGGAAAACAACAACAACAACAGUGGAAACAGCAGCAGCAAAAGCAAUAAUGAUAACAACAACAAUAAACAACAUAUUGUGAAAUCAGUAAUUAAUUUUGUAAACUUGUUGGGUUUUGGGGGGUUUUUUUUUCUUUAACUUGGUUGUCAGAUUUAUGGAAAACAUUCAAUCUUCAGUGGCACAGUGUUUUGGUGGCACAAUAUCUGUGAUAUAGUGUUUCAGUGUAUAAGUGGCACAAUAUCAGUUCCAAAAUUUUUUAUGACUCAGUGGUACAUUUUUCAGUGUCAUAUUGGUGCAAUCAUUGAUACAAUGGCAGUGCUGGUACUACAGUUUCUGUGUAACUCACUGGCACAUGGAUCCCACACCACGAUGAUACAGUGUCUUUGUGUCUCAAUUAUGACAGUGUCUUUGUGACUCAAUAGCAGAAUGUAAGUGUUUCUGUGUCUAAGGAAACAAGAGUCACUACUACAGUUGCUGUGUGACACGGUGGCACAUUGUUUCGGUAUCAGUAUGACUCAGUGUUCAGUUCGUCGUAAUUUCUGUGACACAGUGUGCCUUAGCUGCACAGUGACACUAAAUAUGCAGUGUUGUAUUUCAGUGGUGUAGUGUCCUAGUGACAUAAUGUCUGUCUAUUUGACACAGUUACAUAGCAUCUCAGUAUAUGUGUUGUAUCAUUGUGACACAAUUAUAUAGUGUUUUUGGCACAUCAGUGGUGUUUUAUUGUUGUGACACAAUUACAUCGUGUUUCAGUAUAUAUCUUGUUGUAUGAUCAUGUGCCACUGUGUCCCACCCAUGCAACCCAUCGGAAAGUAGAUGUUAAAGCAAUAAUGAUGAUGUCUAUGUAACACAAUUUCCUUGUGACACAGUUACUUAGUGUUUCUGUAUAUAUCUUGUUGCAUUGUCAUGUUAUGUGUAUCCUCGUUUAUUAAGGGCUUUGGUUGAAAACAACACUGUUAUAAGUAAAUCAGGGAUAAAUGAAUCAUUUCUGUGCAUUUUGUAAAUGGAACAAAUGGUCAUUCCAUUGACACCAAACUUGUGGCCCACAGCAGUGAAGCUUCUAUUGGCAUGUAUUUUUUUUUUUUCAUCAUCUCUACCUAUUCCUGUCAAGAAUACACCUGUCUGUGUCAUUUACCAGGAUCAGGCACCUUUGUACUUUUUCUAUUUACUGGUCCCAUGUUGAUGGGUACAAGUAUGUAAAUCUGUAUAAGAAAUACUUGGCCUUGCAGCACAGUCUUGUAAACACAAGCAAAAGUCAGUGCAUUCUGGGCAGCUGAACAUUGUGGGUAGUCACUUGGGCAUGUUUUUUGCAGUACAGGCUGAUCAUUGACCUAUGUUAUCAAUGAUCAGUCUGUGACAGGUGUAACAAGGUUUGCAAUUGAGUGUACAGUAUCAUUCCUGGUCAGUAAUGAAUAAAUCCGUGGUAAAUGAGGCUACAUGUAUAAUGUCUCUGUAACACUGUCUAUGUGACAUAAUGUUUAUGUGACACAGUCUCAACAUAUAAAUAGUGUUAUACUGUCGUGACUCAAUAUUCUGCAUGAGACAAUAACACACUGUCUGUGUGAUAUAGGGAUUACAUGACAUAGUCUAUGUAACUAACAGUGUCAUCUCUAUGCCAUGAUAUGUCAGUAGGUACCAGACAUUAUUCUACUGACUCUCUCCACUCCUAGCAUGGUACCCUAUUGUCUGAAAUAACGGGGUACCAAAUUCUCUCCUAGACGUUGUGUUGUGAUCUUAACCAAAACACUUUACUUUAAACAUAUACAUCCCACCCUGUGUACAUCCAGCCCUGUGUAUAUCUCCUUCAGUGUACAUCUCACCCUGGGUACAUUCCACCUUUGGUUCAUAUCACACACUGUACAUUCUACUUUGGGUACAUUCCACCCUGAGUACAUCCUACCCAGUGUACAUACCACCCAGAGUAUAUCCUAUCCAAUUUAUUCAAAGAUAAUGUAUUCAAUUAUAACAAUAAAUGUCUUUGUUGUAUUUA